AAAAGCUGCCAGUCUUUGCUGGUAUUUCGGGCGCCAUUGCUGUUCUGUUAUGUUUGGUUUUUGGUGGAUUCGUCAAAGCCCACGCGAGCUUUUGAGAUCACUCGUGCUAGUUGGCUCGUAGUGGUACCAACCUAACUCGAAGAUUGUGGUCGGAAAACUGGCCUUGUGGACUCCAGGAUUUAAUACGGAUUCAGGAAUAUAGGAUUUCUGUCAAGUUCGGCGGUGGAUAUUUAGGACAAGAUGUAUACACGAAUGGUGCUGAUAUUCUUAUUGGUCACUGUGUCCUCGACAUACGUGAAGGCUAGUAACACCACCGACGUCCUAGAGACCAAUACUACCGAGGAGGUCGACCCAACGCCAGAGACCAACAUGUCCUUCCCAUUCUUCGCCCCAGUCAACGGCACCGCCGCCCCGUCACCGGGACAGACUUCGCCCGCUCCGCACUACAACACCUCGCGCUUCAACGCUUCGUACUUCGAGAGCAUCUACCAGAUGUACCAUGAUCACAUCUUGGAAACGGAGGGUUUGGUGGAAAUCGGCGAGGAAGCGCAGUGCAAUAUAAGGGAGCAGCUGGAAGAUAUAUAUUUGGAUUUUGAUGCACCAGAAGAAGGACGCUACUGUGGCAGCUUUUGGGACACCAUCAUGUGUUGGCCUGCAAGCGCCCCCGGGGUCGUCAGUCGACCGUGUCCGGAGUUUUUCAAAGACAUUUACUACGAUACAUCAAUCAACGUAACCAGAUACUGCAAUCCGGAUGGCACUUGGGGGAACGAAGACAAGUCCAACUACUCCUUGUGCACUCCGAAGCACACACCGGAUGUUAACGGCUAUGACGUAGCGUUAGAAGUCAUGGUGUAUGUUGGUUAUAGCCUCUCGUUUACCGCACUCGUGGGGGCCUUUUGCGUCUUCUUAUUCUUCAGGAGUCUGAGAUGUGUUCGUAACUACAUCCACUGGAACCUAGUGAGUUCGUUCAUUUUGUUGUACAUUGCCUACUUCACGGUGUCGGGUACUGUCGGCGCUGUCAAGCUGAAACCAGGACUAUGGUGGAUCUGUCGCCUGAUGUACGUGAUCAUGAUGUACGCCAUGAUGACCAACUUCUUCUGGAUGUUCGUAGAGGGUGUUUAUCUGUACGUCCUAGUCGUAAGGGCACUGACCGUACGGAGAAACCGGUUCUGGAUCUACUGCAUAUUCGGAUGGGGUGUUCCGGUGCCCUUUGUCGUAGCUUUCUCCAUUGUCAAGAAAGUCAAGUCAACGGUUUGCUGGGUAGCCAGGGACAAUUACUCCUACAUCGUCGUCUCGCCAAUCUUUGUCGUCAUCAUAGUCAACCUCUACUUCCUGAUUCACAUCAUGGCGAUUCUUGUCACCAAGCUCAGAGCCUCGCAUUCGCUGGAGACUCAACAGUAUCGGAAAGGGGUGAGAGGGACCUUGUUUCUGCUACCCCUGCUCGGCGUGACAUACCUUCUGUUUUUGCUGGGCCCAGCGGAAGUGGCUGAUGAGCUCCGCACCCCGUCCUUCUAUGUCUAUCAGUAUCUCAGCACCUUACUCAGUUCUCUCCAAGGCUUCUUCGUGGCAGUCAUCUAUGUGUUCUUAAACCAAGAGGUGCAGAAUGUGAUCAAGAGAAAGAUCAGGCGAUGGCGUGAGGAGAACACCUUACCGACUCGCAUGGUGUCUCGCCGAGGUUCCAACACCCGCACCAGCUUCGGUAACCUCGGCAUCUUCGGCGGACGUCGGAGUGGUCACAACGGCACCGGAGGCGAAGGCGAGCAGCAGGUGUCUGCCUUCAAACUACCCAGCGGUAACACCUCACCUGAGGUUUACUCCAACGGCUCCAAGGUGCCUCCCUUCAUACGCCUGGAUGAGGUGCAACCUCUGACGCCGGUCUCUGAGGCUCCAACCUCACCGCCUACCUUGUACUCCUCACUCAGCUCUGGUAACGGUAAUGACGGCGAGACGGUGCCCGUGACUGCUGGAGAACUGGAUGAGGUUAAAGAAGCCUCACCGUGUAACGGACUGAGCGAGUCACCGGGAUCAGAUUGCAACGAGCUACCAUUACUGUCGGUAAACACCUACGGGGCAACACCACCUGCGAACGGCUGGCAUGACUCGUCAUCUCACGGUGAGCAGGACUCGGGAGAACCCUCCUCGAAAAUCCCAGAAAAGGAAUCUGCACAAAUAACCACAGAUAAUAUCGACGUCCUGAACGGGAAUCACAAUAACAAUAAUAGUCUGUCGCCAUGUCUGGUAGCCAGACCAAAGGCAGCUCCGUCGCCCUCCGCCGGGCGUAGCAGGGUAACAUUCGCCGACGAUCUGGUCCACGAGAACCACAAGAGGCCUGCGUGCUGCGACGCCGGGAAAAACUCCGAGCGAUCUCCCAAGAAGAAAGCAGACUCUGAGAGGCCUGCCUCCAGGGGACACUCGGACGGUGAGGAUUCACCAGACACGGCGAUCGGCAAACAGGACACGCAAAGGAGCCCUCUACUGCCCUGCAUUCGUAAGAAACCCUGGGCCUCCUCCAAACCUAAUGGUACCAUUGCCUUCCCUAAGGCUCCCGAGGGUACCCCUGUUUGACAGACUCCCGAAUUGUGAGCGUAAGGUUCCGAACCUCAUGAGGUUCUACAACUAGGUUUCAAGACUUAUACGAGCUCACCGUGACGCGACAAAACAUGCCGUCGUCCCCUCAGGAAAAAAACCUGCAUUUUCUGACCGCUCGAUCUGUUUCCUAUAAACACCAGGAUGGUUUGCUUGAGGAAAAUGAGAUUUCGUGAGAUAUUCAUCAAUACAGAGUCGGCCAGAAUUUUGAUCCACCGUGCCUGCCUGAACGAUCGACAGACUAACUUGCAUUGGUCUACACGAGGGCAGAAAGUGUAACAUAUUACCAUAAGCUAUGUACUCGAGUGGGGUAUAUGUCCCGGAAAAAUGUUUCCGGGAAAAUAUUUCCGGUAAAAUACUACCGGAAAAAUAUUUCCGGGAGCGGGAUUCCUAUUUGAACUGUCCAAAGAACUCAAGAGUCCUGCAUGGUGUUUUGUUUUUCAACAUUGGUGUGACUUCUUUUUUCGUUUUUUAUAUUGGAUCAAUCUCAACCAAGUAGUGGGAACAAACGAUAUUGACCAAUUAUUCAUUUACAGAUUCUGACAAAUUUUGAUUGUAUGGAUCUCAAAUUUAGAGGAGUUUGGAUUUAUAAAUCCCAAAUGAAGAUGUCUAUCACAAAACAUGUUUUCUUUUAAUUAAACGGCUGCUGGAAGAACAAUGGCAGACAAGAUUUCUCUCUUUUCAGUGAAAACGAUUAUAAAAAGAACUUUUUUUCAAAUAUUUGUUUUGCAACACAGAAACAGAAGUUGAUGUGGGAAUUAACCAAAAAUCCUGGUUUUUUCCCUACUCUGUUAUCGGUAUUUUAGAAAAAAAGAAGAAAAAAACCAAACAAAUGCUCUGAAAGUAAAUUGUAAAAAAAUUGUGUAAUCUGUAUAUAUAUUUUUUUCUAUUUAAACGAAGCUUAUUUUGUGCCUCAUCGAUAUUACUUUUAAUCGAUGUCCAAAGAAGGUUGUCGACAUUCCCGAAAAGAGUUCAGGUAAUUGAAAUCUGAGAAAAAUAUGAAAAAUGCGAAGGAAAUCGAACUUAGAAGGAUAGAGGAGUUACAAGCCAGAGAAAAAAUAAAUGGCUGAUCAGAUGUAAAUUGUCCAAUCAAUUUAGUUGUUAUAUGCUAGAAGAGAACCAACUUUUGUCAUCUUUUUAAAGAAGUUCUACUUUGAGCGUCGUUAUGGGUUUAUAAACAGGUUACUGUUUUCUGAGACCUGUUGGGAUUGUAAUUUAGUCGAUGGAAGUGGCUGGUUGUAAAGUCUGUGGUGUGUAAAGUAUGUACAUUGUAUAUUAUGUAAAACUGAAGAAAUAUUAUUCCAUAAUCAUGUUAGUGCCUAUGGUGGUUUUUAUCUUGAUAUUCAAAAGGUGUUUGUCCGAAGUAAUAUUACUGAUGGUGUUGAAAAGCGUGUCAAAAAUAUAGCACAACGUAUUAUUGCGAAGUUAAAACGCUGCAAAAAGGCGGGGGAACAAAGAUCUGGUCUAUUCUUAAUAAUGGUGCUGAAGUUAUAAUAUUAACAGACUUUGCCACGUCCUACUCAUUGGAACUUUCUAGUCGACAAGGUCGAUCACUGCAUUGAUAUGUGUCGACACUCUGAACAACCUCAUUGCCGACAGACAAAAAGAAGGACAAGCACAAAGAACACGUCGACAAUGUGUUUAUCUUAAUGCGACCUAAAAAUGUUAUCAAACGUUAACUCAAUGGACCGAUCCAGUAAGCCCCGCCCACUGCGCACUGGACAAAAUAACACGUGCUCCUCUCCAAUGCCAAACUGCAUUUUCCUGCCGCGCGCAUCAUACGCGCGUGCACGCACGUCGGACUUUUGUGCACGCACGUCGGACAUAAAUCACGGCUGUGGUUGGUCAGAACACCAUGGGGCGGUGCUUACUGGAUCGGUUCAUUGUAUCCGUGGUCAAGGGCGAUAUUAACGCGAUGCAGUGAAGUUUCACACACUACUUGGGCCUUAUAUAAUAUUUUUCGAUUUCCUGCUGGGAAAAAGAUGUCGAACGUUUGUGCAAAACACCGAAAGACAUCAUUGCAUAUUAUAUUAACUUGUAUUUCUGUACUUCCUAUCCAGUCUGUGGAAUGCUGUGCCAUUAAAGGAAAAAAAAGUGGGCCAAGAAUUUUGAGCGUUGUGGUGUUAUGAAAAGUGCAAAACUAUAUUGACUAUAUUACCCACACUUUUCUCGGUGUCGCUUUGUGUAUAUACAUGAAUUAAGAACCUAUACUGAAAUGUUUGACUUUCACAAACUAAUGUCUUUAGUUUGUUCGUCCCGUAAACUUGAUGCAUUCCAUUAUCUGUUUGUUUACUUCUUAGGGGAGUCUUUAAGUAUCAGCUGGUGUACUUGUAAGACACAAAGUUGCUUUCAAAGAAGAGAAAGAUCACUUUGAAAUAUUAUUGAGUUAUUGCUUUGAUCAUUUAGUUUUAAGAACUUAGCCAGAACUGUAAUAUGGGCAAGUUGUCUUUUGUUGUGUGAGGAUGUUUAUUGUUUUCCUUGAAAUAAAGAGUUACAGACUUUUGAUUUGUUGUGGUUAAGAACACGUCAAAGAUAAUAACGGUUUACUUCGUUUCCAUUCGACUUGUUAACUUUGAUCUGACAUGUUUUUUUUUUUGCAAGUGGCCAUAAAGCCACACUUUAUUUGUAAGAACGUGAAGAAGAUGUUAUGAAAUAUUUUCAAUGGCUAGCCUCAUGCCAACCAAAAGCUGCCGUAAAACAUUAUUUCUCAAUUUAAUAUUAUUUAUCUAUAUUUUUUUCACCAGAAAUUAUUACUGCAACAAACUCCCCGUUAGUCUACAGCUGCAUGCUACUUUGCUUUUAUUUCAAAGGAGUGAGAGGGUUACAUUACAUUUUUCCCAAUUCUUUUAGGAUGAUAUGAAUAAAUAAUGUCGUUAUUAUGAAAA